AUGGUGAAAAAGGGCAAAGCCAAAGCCACCGAGCCGCCCAAGACCGCCGCAGCCCCGGCUGCUACGGGAAAGGAUGCUGGAAAGGGCAAGAAAGGCGUCAAGCAGGAGGCCGCGGUCCCUGCUGAGCUCGGUCCCGUCGGUCCUCCCAAGCCGACGGUGAAGCAGCUCAUCGGCGGCUCCUCGUGGACGGGUAAACUGCCAGUGAAUCUGCUGAGCGAGUACUGCCAGAAGCAAAAGUGGGAUCGCCCGGACUACGACACUCGCAAGACGCCCGAUGGCUUCUCUGUGUUUGUGACGCUGAGCGCCAAGGAUCCCAAGACGCAGGAGACGACGCGGCUGGACCCUUUCAAGAUUCCGCCCACCCACAAGCACCUCAUCAUGCGGGAUACUGCAAUUGAGGCCAAGCAUGCAGCGGCGACGUAUGCCCUCUUUCGCGUGUGUAGCAUGCAGAACAAGCACAUGGUGCUGCCGCCGGACCACAAGGCGCUCUGGAAGGACUUUCAGGAGCUGAAGAAACAGGAUGUCAAGGACGGCAAGGCCUGGAUUUACGAUGCGGAUCCAUUCAAGACGUUUCAUGAAAGACAGGAGGCGAAGGCGGCGGCAGAAAAAAAGCGCAAGGAGGCCGAUGCACUCAAGGCCAAGGCCAAGGAGAUGCCUGGUGCUUCUGGCCUAGCGCUUCUGAAUGCAGGGAGCGGAGGGAGCAGAGGUGGCAAUAGCGGCGGCGGUGGCGAUAGGGGAUUCAACAUCAUGAAGGGGUGGACGAAUGCACCGAAUGUGGAGAUGGGCCGGCAGACGCGGUCGCAACUGGAAAACCUCCUGCGCAGCGGUGUCUCAUGGAACCCGUAUGCGGUGCAAAUGUCCAGGGCGCAAAAGGACACUGUUGAGGCAGAAUUGUGCAAGAUUGGCUUCCGCAAGAGCCAUGUUGCGGAAGCUGUCGAAUACUGCAAAGACCGAGAGGAGACCCUGGAGUGGCUGCUCAUUCACGUCCCUGAGGACGACUUGCCGCGCUGGGCGCUGCCUGAAAAGUAUGCAGCCGGAGUCACUAUUGGGACAAACGAUCUCAGGAGAGAUGGUACCAUUCAACGUCUCUCACAGAAUGGUUAUUCGCUCGAGCUAUGUUCGCGGGUGUAUGACCAGGUUGGUGGCGAUGAGAGUAGGACAGCAGAGGCCCUUCAGGAUCUUCUCUUUUCGAGGCCCAAGGAGGGUGAUGAGGGUAAAGAAGAGUCGCUUGACUUUCUUGAUAUGGGAUCGCCCGAGGAGCAGUGGCGAGAGGAGAUGGAGAGCUUGGAAGCAAUGUAUGGGGGCUUGUUUUCAAGAGACGGCGCCGACACCGUCAAGAUACAGCUCGAAUCUGUGAAGAACCCGCCUCAUAAGGUGGAGGCUGCUUUACAAGUUCGACGAGGCUCAAACUAUCCAGAUACGCUGAUCCUCGGCAUCAUUGCCAAUUUGCCCUCAUACAUUAAGCUGAGCAUCAUACGCAAGGCACUGGAAUACAUGGAUUCGUCACUACGAGAAGAGCCAAUGAAGGUAUACUUGGUGCUGGACUGGAUUCAGCAAAACAUCAACGAUAUUAUCGAACACCCUGGGAAGCUGGUCGACAUUUCAGCGGUCUCGUCCGCCGCCUCCGAGCAAAAGCCAGGUGAUGCAGUCAAGUCUAGAAGAAGGAUGCGGACAGCUGCCAGACCCAUCAGAUGGAGCCCAGAUACGCGCAGCAAGGAAGCGUGGAUGAAGCGCCAAGAGAAUUCUGCGUACAAAGAAAUGCUCAGCAAGAGGCAGAAGUUGCCUGCCUGGCAGAUGCGUGAAAAGAUUGUCAAGACAGUCACGGAUAACCACGUCACCAUCAUCAGCGGUGAAACUGGUUCAGGUAAAUCAACGCAGUCGGUGCAGUUCAUCCUUGAUGAUCUGUACGGUCAGGGCCUGGGCGACUGCGCCAAUAUGCUUGUCACUCAGCCGCGACGUAUUUCAGCACUCGGUCUUGCCGACCGUGUGGCCGAAGAACGUUGCGGUCGCGUGGGACAGGAGGUUGGUUACACGAUUCGUGGUGAAGCGCGACAGUCUAAGGACACAAGAAUCACCUUCAUGACGACCGGUAUCCUGCUCCGUCGUCUUCAAACGUCGGGCGGUCGCAUUGACGAUGUGGUUGCCUCCCUCGCCGACGUGAGCCAUGUAAUUGUCGACGAAGUCCACGAGCGAAGUUUGGAUACCGAUUUCUUGCUCAAUUUGAUUCGCGAGGUGAUGCGCAUCAAAAAAGAUGCCUUGAAGCUGAUUCUCAUGUCUGCUACGCUGGACGCCGCUUCGUUCAUCAACUACUUCGCAUCCGAGGGCCUCAAAGUCGGCGCCGUUGAGAUUGAGGGCAGAACAUAUCCAGUUGACAACUUUUUCCUGGAUGAUGUCAUUCGCAUGACGGGAUACAAUGCGGAGACGCCAGACGGCGGCUUCAUUGGUGAUGAGCUCAUGGGCAAGAUUAUCCAGAAUCUCGGACACCGCAUCAACUACAACCUCAUUGUGGAGGCCGUCAAAGCCAUAGACUACGAACUUGCCUAUGACAAACUGCCAGGUGGAAUUCUCAUCUUCCUUCCUGGCGUGGGUGAGAUUGCGCAAGCUUGCAGAGCAUUGCAAGCAAUACCAUCGCUGCACGUGCUCCCGUUACACGCCUCUCUAGAAACAAGAGAGCAGAAGCGCGUUUUUGCCAGCGCACCGCGCGGUAAGCGCAAAGUCGUCGUGGCUACCAACGUGGCUGAGACGUCUAUUACGAUUGAUGACAUUGUCGCUGUCAUUGACAGUGGCAAAGUCAAAGAAACAAGCUUUGAUCCUGGGAACAAUAUGCGGAAGCUGGAAGAGACGUGGGCAUCGCGCGCCGCCUGCAAGCAGCGCCGUGGUCGUGCCGGUCGUGUGCAAGAAGGCAAGUGCUACAAGCUGUACACGCAGAAUCUCGAAAACCAAAUGGCUGAGCGCCCCGAGCCUGAAAUUCGUCGUGUGCCGCUCGAGCAGCUGUGCCUGUCGGUGCGUGCCAUGGGCAUGCGUGACGUGGCUCGCUUCUUGGGCCGAUCGCCAACACCGCCAGAAGCUCUGGCCAUUGAAGGAGCCAUGAAGCUGCUCCGACGCAUGGGCGCGCUGGACGGGGAUGAGCUUACGGCCAUGGGUCAGCAGCUGGCGAUGCUGCCGGCCGACCUGCGCUGCGGCAAGCUCAUGGUCUUUGGUGCCAUCUUCGGCUGCCUGGACGACUGCGUGACGAUUGCGGCCAUUCUGAGCACCAGGAGCCCGUUCCUCUCACCGCAGGAGAAGCGCGAAGCGGCCAAGGAGGCCCGCAUGCGCUUCUUUGCGGGCGACGGCGAUCUGCUGACCGAUCUCGCUGCAUACACAGAGUGGAAGAGCCUAAUGCGCGACCGGAUCCCCAUGAAGCAGGUUCGCGGCUUCUGUGACGACAACUUCCUCUCGCACCUGACCCUAUCCGACAUCUCCAACACUAAGUCGCAGUACUACACGGCUCUGGCCGAGAUCGGCCUCGUGUCACCCAGAGAGGCCGCUGCCGCCGAGGAGGACACCAUCGAGGCUGCCAUGGCGGGCGGCGCAGCGGGUGGUGGCAAGAAUAAAAACUCGCAGCUCCUCCGAGCGCUCAUCGCCUCGGCGUUUACGCCGCAGAUUGCACGAAUUCAGUACCCGGACAAGAAGUUUGCGAGCUCCAUGUCGGGCGCCGUCGAGCUGGACCCGGAGGCGCGGUCCAUCAAGUUCUUCAACCAGGAGAAUGGUCGGGUGUUUGUGCACCCGAGCAGCACAAUCUUUGACAGCCAGGGCUUCUCGGGCCACGCGGCGUACAUGGCGUACUUUGGCAUCAUGGCCACGUCCAAGGUGUUUAUCCGAGAUCUUUCCCCCUUCAACGUAUAUACUUUGCUCAUGUUUUCCGGUCCGAUUGAGCUGGAUACGCUGGGCCGCGGUCUGUUGGUGGAUGGAUGGCUGAGGCUGCGCGGAUGGGCGCGCAUCGGCGUAUUGGUCGCGCGGCUGCGCGGCAUGGUGGACGACUUGAUUGCGGAAAAGGUGGAAAAGCCCGGCUUGGACCUGCGCGGCAACGAGGUCAUCAGGUUGGUGACCAAGCUGAUAGAGCUCAAUGGCUUGGACGCGUAG